UGUUAUUCAAAUUAAAAGUCCUCCUAUGCAAUUUAAUAUACAUGGUCACCUUUUGUCAUUCGAUAACAUCCAUGGUUAGUCAACACAGAUUUAAGCUUCUCUUUUUUUUGAUUGCACAAGUAAAGGGCUUGGUUAUUUUUCUGUAUCAUCAUUGGUUGUUUCUGUAUAAUGUCAAGUGUGGCGCAGAGGUAUAAAAGUUCCUAAUCUGUAGUUCAGCUUCAACUUGAGGAGGAGGAACUGUUCAACUGAAAAGUUACAACCUCCACGGCUGCAUUCUUACACAUUUAUUGAAAACAGAACUUGAAAAAGGUAAGAAUAUCUUUAAAUAUCAUUGAUAAUAAAUAAAAGCAGUUUACCUUUGAUCUACUAACAUACUAAAGUGAUUUCCAUGUCUCCUUUUUUUUCAAAGGCACAGUAACCUUUAAUAUUUAAAUGUAUCCAGUCUAACGUUUCAGAUUUCUAACAUGCAGUCUUUAUAUUAUAAAUAAAAGGCAGCACCCAAAGCGGUCAACAUUAAAAUAGUUUACUUGAAUUAAAAUGUUUAUUUUACUGCUCUGUGCGGUUCUGUUACAUUUUUCAUGUUUUUUACAGAUUUUUGUCACCAUUUUAUCAUCUGCUAACGUCUCUGGUUAGAGUAGGCUACACUCACAGGGAUAACAUGACACAUGAAAUCCUGGGCAUUCAGAGUCUGAAGCAGAAAGCCUGACUUAACAGGGAAAGUUGAUGGCCACUAAUGAGAUACUCUUUAUCUCCAACUUAGACUUUAGGGUUUAUCAAGCAAGAAAAGCUUAACUUUGUUGAACUUCCUUAAUAUUGCACACCUCACUUUUAGAAAUGAUGGGGAGAUGCUGACAAUCGGAGCAAUGCCAACAUCCCAAACACUGGUUGUGAGAACAAAUACCUUACCAAUACUACAAUCAAGUGAACCUUUAGAUGACUUGAUAAACUCACGUACCAAAUAAAAAUAAUAAUAAAACAUGAAGAGGUUUUAUUCCAUUAUAAAUGCUGUAUUUUGGGAUGGUGAUACUCAGUCUUCAGGAACUGCUUUCCACAACGUAUGUUUGUGUUCAUGUUUGCAUAUCAAAAUUUUAUGUUUGCCCUGCAGUUGAAAUGAAGAAGCCUGCUCUCCUCUCUGCAGCCCUGCUGCUGCUGUUUUUUAGUGGGACAUCAGCUCAGGGUAACACUAACUUCAGAGUGCAAGUGAAUGUGCCACCCACUAACAUUAAGACCUACAACACUUCUACUGCUUAUAGAGGCAGCCUCUUCGGUGGACUGACGAGACUGAAAUACUCAAACCAAGGCUUCAACUUUCAGUACAUACCACACGAUGACUAUGGACCAUUCCUUCAGAGUGUAAAUGGUUUGGCAGGAAAUUCAUCACACUACUGGCAACUGCUGAGUGGUAAAACCCCACUCAAUGUUGGUAUGGGAUGUUACCUUCCAACUGCAAAUGAAGUCGUCACCCUGAAAUACACGAAAAUUUAAGACCAUCUAAAGUCUUAUUAUGACUCAUGGUCAACCAAUACACUUUGAUCUUUGGCAAGUUGAGGUGAAUAAUUGACUUGUGUCAUUUUUUGCUUGGGAGUCUUCUAAUCAUAAAUCAGUAGCCUAUCAGUGGCUUAGAUUCUUUUACUGGGUUUCUGUCAGACUUUAUGAAUUAAGAUUACAGCGUUAAUCUACAAUUCUGCCACAGUGUAGUAAUCUGGAGUAAUAGAAAACUCCAUUAGUCACAAGAGCAGUCAGUAAAACAUAUACAACAACUUGAACUGUUUUUUAAUUUACUGCCUUUAUGGCAACUUUUAUUGUGUUUGAGAGCAAUUAGUAGUUUCUCAACUUGCCCCCAUGUAUCAUAAUUUUACAUUCAAAUUCCAUAUUUGAUGCUUACAAGUGGUCUCAGUUUUACUGUAAAAGGAUGGUGUGGUUAUACAGUAGACUGCCCAGAGACUGCUGGCCAGCAAAAACAGCAGGGGGGGUCAGCUGCUGACUCCAUGUCAAAAUAGCUUCUUUAUCCUGCAAAUCAAGUUAUCAACAGCUUGCGAGUCAAAAGGCUUCUGAGAUUGACUGGGCUGCUGACCUCCCCUAUUUUUGAGCUUUUGGGGGUUUAUUAGAGUGGCAAAAUAAGAUCAAAUUCAAUGCUGAAUAAUUUUUGUAUGAGUGCAUUUUUAUUGUUGAAUAAAAUGUUACUGAUUAUUAGUGUUAUCUUCCUCAGGCAUUAAAUAAAGCAUGUAACUUGUAGUCCAAGUAAAAUGUUUCUAGCCU